GGUCUGUCAUCCACAACUCUGAUGUAGUCCAACAAUCUGGCUCCAUCUCCAGCCGUAGUCCGGAACGUCACACCCACAAACACGCUGGAGCGCUGACUGUUGAUGCACUCACUGGCAGGAUGUUUAGUGUUUAUCUUCAAGAUGCGGUAUUUAAAAAAUCUUAUCGACUAACGACACACACACAAACCAUGACGGAAGUGUGUGUUGCGACACACCCACUGAGAGAGCACUCUUCUCAUCCUGCAGCGCGCAAAGACGCGGCACAGUUACGCGUCGGUUUAACCUCAGAUCACAAUGAUUCUCCUGCUAACAUUAUGUGUGUUAUUUUUACGUCUGGAUGGUUUGUCUGGGACAAACUCUACACAUUCACCCAGAAUGAUAUUCACGGACAAAGAAACUACAGUUAAAAGGUCGUCUAUACCUGAACAACACAGACCUGUUCAGAUCCUCCUGGAAGGACAGCCGGAUACUGUCACAGCUGUUGGACACACAUACCUGGAUUCCUACGACUUCCAAAACCCCAAGAAGGCUCCUGUAGAAAGGAAGGUGUUAUGGGAGGACUGCCCCGGCAAUGAUUGCAACUAUAAAAUCACCGUGGUCCACCAGAGGAAAGAUGCUCGCCAAGUGUUUGUUUGUGGAACCGACGGCAGUAAAACACUUUGCUGUGACAUGAAUUCAUUAGAGCCGUCACCCACAUGCAUUCCCUCUGAAAAAAUGAGGAGUAUAUCAGAGACCAUCAUGGAAUUUACCAUUAGGGAUGGUGAACAGUUUGCACUUGUGGAAUCUGAACAAAGUGCAGAUCUCUACAUUACAUACUCUGGAGCUCAAGACUAUGUUGGCAUUUACAAGUUUGGAGAAAAAAGAGUCAGACCAGCGAACAAUAAUAAAGGUUUAGAGCAGUACUAUGUGGGUUUGAUGCUCAGCGGAGGAAGAGACGCUCCCCUACAGGACAGAGUUUAUGCCUUUUAUAGGCAAAAGAACAGAGACAAAGGGCUGUACAGUGAGAUGUGGCUGCCUUUUGUGACCCAAGUUUGCAUGGCAGAUGUUGGUGGACCAAAGAACAACCUGCAGUUUAGCUGGACGUCUCAGAUGCACGCCAGGCUCUUCUGCGGAGACCCCGACAGCAAACAGCAUUUCUCUGAGCUGGUAGAUACGGCCAUUGUGCACGCAGACCGAUGGCAGGACUCCAAAGUCUAUGCACUCUUCAGAAAUGAAUGGGGGAUGAGUGCUGUUUGUGUCUACAAAGUACAAGACAUUGACAAUGUCUUCACAACCUCCCUGUUUAAAGGCUUCACCCCAGACAACCAAAUUGUCCGGCCUCGGGAGUGUGUUCAAGAUAGCACAAAGAUUUCCUCUGACAUCCUGAGGAACAUCGAGAAGACUUCGGAGAUGAAGGAAUGGGUCCAGCCUGAGGGUGCCUCUGGCCCAAUUCUCUUUAAUCAUCACAACUACACUCAUAUCCACAUUGACCGUUCCCAGCACAUGAGGAACAACACGGUUCUGUUCCUGUCUCUGAAUAAUGGAGGAGUUCACAAGGUGAUGCAGAACAAAAACCAAGCCUUCAUCAUUGCAGAGUAUCGACCUUUUAACCACAGAGCGCAUAUUCAAGGCAUCAUCCUACACCCUUCCUCUAGAAAGCUGUAUGUCUACUCCACAAAUGAGCUGGUCCAGCUGGAUGUGGCCAACUGUGGCCGGUAUGGAAACACCUGCCAGGAAUGUGUCUUAUCCAGAGAUCCUUACUGUGGCUGGAACGGCACCCACUGCACCCCUCAGACAACUGGGACUCUGCAGGAUGCUGAAGGGAAUCACGCCAAAUGUCCGUCGCAGUUACAACGUCACGUCCCUGAAAAAGUAUCUAGGUAUUCCAGUAAUGUUCAAGAUCGACACAAGCAGGUGACCAGCAUCACACUUCGCCCUCAGUCAAAGUAUUUCCUGCAGUGCCCAGUGUCAUCCCGCCAUGCCCAGUACAGCUGGCGCAGCCUUCAAAGCUCCACAUCCUGCAGCUCGAGGGAGGAGCAGUGCCUCCUUCUGAUCAACAGCAUGGGACCUGAGCAGGUGGGAACUUACGAAUGUGUGUCAGAGGAGAUGGGUUACAGCAAAGUCCUGGCACAGUACCAACUGCAGCUGGAGAGCAGAGCAGUGGGUCAACUAUCAAGCCCAGUGGUCUGGAUUUGUGUGAUGGUUGUUCUGAUUAAGAAUUUACCCUGGUAGUUCAGAGUAUUAGAGAAUACAGCAGA